GCACUUGACACGCAGAUCGGGUCUGGGUCGGCCUCGCCCGGUUGUCAAGGGGUAAAGGAAGAGAUUUCCUGCAUUCGGGUUUCGGGGUCGGGUCCGGGCAUCUCGACAUUUUCUGCCAGAUCUUCAACAGAAGUGGAGAACAAAAGGAAAUCCAACCGGAUCGAAAUGACCCUGGACGAGAACGAAAGGGCGAAAAGGCAGAAGACGUGCGCACAAGUGGCAACAAAUGUCACCGAGCAGAAGCACAAAGUAUCAAGGGAUCACAGAGGACAGGUUCUCGGAAAUGUCAGAGGGUUCAGAGGGUGCACGGUCUGGUUCACUGGCCUUUCCGGAGCAGGGAAAACUUCUAUUUCAUUUAACCUCGAGGCAUACCUCGUCUCAAAAGGAAUACCAGCAUAUGGUCUCGAUGGUGACAACAUAAGAACUGGUCUUAACAAAAAUCUCGGGUUCAGCCCAGAGGACCGUGAAGAGAAUAUAAGAAGAGUUGCCGAAGUUGCCAGGCUUUUUGCAGACAGUGGUGUUAUCGCCCUGUGCAGUUUUGUCUCACCAUUCGCUCCAGACCGUGAAAUGGCAAGGAAUGUCCACAAGCAGAACGACCUGCCAUUUUUUGAAGUUUUCGUCGACACACCUAUCAACGUCUGUGAGCAAAGGGAUGUUAAAGGGUUGUACAAGAAGGCGAGGCAAGGGGUCAUAAAGGGAUUCACAGGAGUCGAUCAGCCAUAUGAUGUCCCGGAGAACCCUGAUUUAGUUUUGAAAACUGUCGAAGGCUCGAUUGAAGAUUGCAGCCUCCAAGUUGUCAAACUCUUAGAAGAACAUGGAAUCAUUCCUCUUUUGGAACGUCCUGGUGGUGAAGUUAUGGAAUUGUUCGUUGACAGCAACAAGCUCCCGAGUGUUCUCAGUGAGUCAAAACAAUUCAAGAAGUUUGAACUUAGUGAAUUAGACUUACAAUGGGUGCAAGUGUUGAGCGAAGGCUGGGCAACUCCGCUCAACGGGUUUAUGAAUGAGCAGCAGUUUUUACAAGUAUGUGUGUAUUUCAAUAGUUUCAUAAAGCUUUAUUUGUUCAUUUUUAUAUUACUUUUUCAGACUUUACAUUUCAAUUGUCUACAAGAUGGACACAACCAGUCUGUCCCUAUUGUGCUUCCUGUAUCAACAGAGGACAAAGAAAGGCUCGAAGGUGAGCCUGCGAUGACCCUCUGCUACAAAGGAAAAGUGGUUGCAGUUCUACGAGAGCCUAAAUUUUUCGCCCACAGGAAAGAAGAAAGGGUCUGUCGACAGUUUGGGACAUGCCACCAGGGCCAUCCUUACGUAAAGAUGAUUUAUGAAAGUGGUGACUUCCUAGUGGGAGGCCGCCUGGAGGUUUUUGAAAGGAUUAAGUGGAAUGAUGGCCUUGAUGAGUAUCGUUUGACUCCAAAUGAGCUAAGGGCUAAGUUCAAGGAGAUGGGAGCAGAUGCCGUAUUUGCAUUCCAACUUAGAAACCCGAUUCAUAAUGGGCACGCAUUGCUCAUGCAGGACACACGUGAUAAGCUUCUAAGCAGGGGAUUCAAGAAACCCGUACUGCUUUUGCAUCCUCUUGGUGGCUGGACAAAGGAAGAUGACGUUCCGCUGCCGACUAGGAUGAAACAGCACGCAGCUGUGCUUAAAGAACGCGUACUCGAUCCUGAAAGUACUGUCUUGGCAAUUUUCCCUUCGCCCAUGAUGUACGCUGGACCUACUGAAGUCCAGUGGCAUGCUAAAGCGAGGAUGGCUGCAGGGGCGCAGUUUUAUAUAGUGGGGCGUGACCCAGCUGGUCUGCCCCAUCCGGAUAAAUCAGUAGGAGGCGAUCUAUAUGAUCACACUCACGGCGCAUACGUGCUGUCCACGGCGCCUGGACUGCCUCACCUUGAAAUAAUACCAUUCAAGGUGGCGGCUUUUGACAAGUCCAAGGGCAAAAUGGACUUCUUCGAUCCUAAAAGGAAGGAUGAUUUUGAAUUCAUAUCAGGAACAAAGAUGAGACAUCUUGCAAGAACAGGUGCUCUCCCUCCAAAAGGAUUCAUGGCACCAUCGGCAUGGGACGUUUUGUCUAGCUAUUACAAAAAUGUCGAAUGUUCAUGAGAAUUGUUUAUAAAAGUACCAUCAUGUUAAUCAGCAUAUGAAUUUGCCACAGUGCCAGUUUUCAUCAUUUUCUUUCAUAUUACAAAAAACAAGUUUUAUAUCCAAAACAGAAAACUUUGUUGCAAUAUAAAUUUUAUGAUUUACUUGUUGAUCAAUUUUGUUGAAUGUUAUUCAUUAAAGCUGUGCGACGUGUUGACGGUUUGAUCUUGUUGGAAUAUUAAGCAAUGCCAAAGACUUGUCAAUUUAUCACUGUUUACACCACUAAGAUACCUUUUAUUGUUUAAAUUUUAUAUAAGUAUAAAUAAUAAAAAUAUUAACUGUUGUAAAUUCAAAUAUA